UCCUUUUUCAUUUUCAAUUUGGGAGGCGGCAGUGGGAAGCUAAUGUUGGCGCGACGAAUUCCUUCAGUGGCAGUUUAUCUCCCGCAAGCUCUCCCAUGGCGUCGUCGACCUCCUCACAGUUACUCUAUCAACUACGGGACGGCGCUUGAAUUUCAUUCCUUGCUCGCUUUUUGCCCCAAAACUCUUUUAGUUUCUCUUUGUUCUGCUUCCCAGUUAACCUAUGAAGCUGUAGAACCAAUUCAUGCGGAAGAAUCCUCGAAGCGCGGAUCCUUGAAACCUGGGUUGUAUCUGGUUGGCACGCCAAUUGGCAAUCUUGAAGAUAUCACCCUACGUGCUCUACGUGUCUUAAAAUCAGCACACGUCAUUCUUUCAGAGGAUACAAGACACUCAGGAAAGUUGCUUCAGCAUUUCAGCAUUAAAACCCCUCUUCUGAGUUUUCACAAAUUCAACGAGUCUCAAAGAGAGCAAACAGUGUUGAAGAGAUUAAAACAGGGUGAGAUUGUUGCCCUAAUUAGUGAUGCAGGGACACCAGGGAUUAGUGACCCUGGUACUGAGUUGGUUAGGUUAUGUGUCAAUGAAAAUAUACCAGUUGUUCCUGUUCCCGGGCCCUCUGCUGUUGUUGCUGCAAUUUCUGCCUCUGGCUUGUCAACUGAUGAAUUUACAUUUGUUGGAUUUCUUCCUAAGCAUGCUGCGUCUAGAAGAGAGAGGCUGAUGGUUUCAGCAAAUGAGGAGGCAACUCAAAUAUUUUAUGUUCCUCCACACAAACUCAAGCAGUUUCUCGAGGAAACUUCACAAUUAUUUGGUGAAUCAAGGCGAUGUGUUAUAGCUCGUGAAAUGACCAAGAUACAUGAGGAGUUUUGGCGGGGUACCCUGGCUGAAGCUAAAGAAUUCUUUUCGCUGAACCAAACCAAGGGUGAAAUUACACUGCUGAUUGAAGGAAAGCUAUGUCCUGAAGUUGAAACUCCAUCAGAAUCACAGUUGGAAAAGGAGUUGGAAGAAUUGAUCUCCACUGGGCAUAGGCUUUCAAUGGCUGUCAAAUUGGUUGCUAGCAAAACAUCAACCAGUAGGAAAACUGUCUAUUCAAUUGCAUUGCGAAGAUUCGGGAAUCAACUUGGAGUGGAGAACGAUUCUUGUAAAUAAUGACCGUCUGUAACGUACUUGCCAGAGGAGUAAGUUGUUACUUGCUUAUAUUCAUCUCUUUUUUUUUGCAAAUGACUACUUUGUAUCAACUUUUCGGGUUAUCUUAUGAAGAACAAGUUGCCUUUCCAUAUACUUUUUAACAGCUGUUUCUUUUGUCUAAAUCUUUUCAUUAGAUAUUAUUGGGGUCUGGGAAAAUGAUGUAUGAUUUGUGCUAGGAUGGGAGCUAUAUAAGAAGCAUAGAUACCUGUGACACGUCAACUUUUUUUGGAAAAAAAAUUAGGGAUGGACACAGCUAGGACACAUUUAACAAAAUAUAUAUUUUUCAAAACAUUUUAUAAUAUAAGGAAAUUCAAGCUUUAUGAAAAUGAGUUUGAUAUAUUUUGCUCUUAAAUUUACUAUUUUUGUCCCAUGUUACCAUUUUUGUUUCUUUAUUAAGUGUUCAAUACAUGUGUUACUUAACUCUGUAUAACUAGUUUUUAACAUACAUCCAUUCUACUAACAAAUGUCAUGCAUGUUCAAUAAAUGUCAAAGUGUUGGAGUGUCAACAUGUGAUGGACGUGGACACAUUAACCAAACUAAAAUGUCAGGUUUCAUAUAUGAUUUUCUACAAUCUCGUUUGAGAUUUUGAAUGUACCAUUUUGCUACAAUUAACUCUCUUUGUACUCCAUAUUGAAUGGCUGGUAGUUUGCAUUUUAAGUUCGAUUUUUAGGAGUUUUCCAGACUGACUACUCAGGAUAAGUAAUAAAAAACAAAUAUGUAAAUAUGUAAGAUUUUACAUCAUCAAAUAUGUAUGUAGGAGAGAUUUUAAAUCUCCAUCUCUGGCUUUGCUUUCUAGUUGAAUUGAAAAAUGAUCCUUGCACAAGUUAUUGAUUGAAGAGAAUUUGAAACAAGAGGCUUGUUUAUUACAUAAGCAGGUGAGGGAAUGCGUUACUUUUUAACUUGCAUCAAUAAAAAUGUAAUAAAGGGAUAAAACAGUGAAAUUUUGUAGAUUAUGAAAGGUAGACUUAGAAGUUAGAACUGAACCCAUCAUCAAACGGAUGAUGAUCAAAAGCCAGAGGCAAAGCAAUUGGACGGUCGAAAAUCAGCUUCAGCUGGUACAUUAUUUGUGCAGCAUUUUGAAUCAUUUGAUCAUGGAGGACCCCAUCUCAAUGUUGCUGGAAAUCCACCGUCCUUUUCUGGUCCUCGGCAAAACAAUUCUGAGCUGUGUUGCACUGUAAAAGAAAAAGAAAAAAAAAGAGCCCUCUUUUCAAGAACAUGUUGAUUCUCUGCUCUUUUCUACUUCAUUAUAUACAACAAAAUAUUCCUUUCCUAAUUCAUUACAGUAUAUGUGCAUACUGCUGCCAUUUUUGUUGCUUUCUCUUAUAUCACUCAGGUGUCGUCAAUCAGCGGGAUACCGCCAUGUUUACCGGCUUGAAGGCUGGGAAUAUCCUCUGUCCAGUGGCUAGAAUAUGGUGGGGAUCAAACUUCAGCUUCCUCGCUUGAAACUCCGGCCACUUAUCCCCAAAAUGGUCUGCCCAUUCUUCCUCCUUUGUAUAAUGAGGCAGAUACUCCAAUGACUGCGUUGGCUCCCCAUUGUCCAAUGCCGACCGUAGCAAUGCCACUAGGUAGAACACAUCAUCCUCCGGAGUCACGGCGGAGGUCCUCGGGUCCCAUCUACAGAGGAAAAAGGGUAACAACUGUCAAAAAAAUUGGAAUGAAUGGGACCCCAAGUUUAGGGGUCGUUAGAUGUGUAGUAGCAGCCAAAUUGUUCAUUACAACAUUGCAAACUGAAUACGUCAACUUCCCCAUUGGUAGGGACCAAUGGAGAAGAUCUUCUGACACCAGAAUCUUCUCCCUUGGACAAUCACCACCGUCCGAUUAAAGUAUUUAUCAAUCCAAGCUGGCUAGGCUCCUCCAUCUCAUGUCUUAUGUGGAAUUUUUUGAAAACCAAUUCGCCCAUUUCCUUUUGACAAUUCCGGUACCCAUUUCAUGAUUUUAAUUAUACGAGUGACUUUUAUGAUAUAUAUGAAUUACAUGGACAUAAAUUCAAGGUA